UACAGUCGUUCUCAAGCGCCGUGCUUCCUCUUCUGCGACGUGUGGCUGCUUCAGGUUCUUGGAGAGGCCUUCUCGCUCGACGAUGAUGAGGAUCAGCUCGUCAGAGAAGUUGUCCACUUGUGGAUUCCCAUGGGACGCUACAGGGUCGAGGUGGACUGUGUUCCGGCAGGCAGCUGGGUGUUGUUGGGGGGAUGCGAUCUCUCCGUGAAGAAGACAGCCACCAUCACCUCCUUAGAACAUCAGGAAGAAGUCGAGAUCUUUAGACCCCUUCUUUUCCAGGCCGCCCCAGUCCUCAAGGGGCUCAGGCGAAUCGACAAGGCCUACCCAAUUGCCCAAACGAAAGUGGAGGAGUCAGGGGAGCACGUCAUUUGCGGGACUGGUGAACUGUACCUUGACUGUCUGCUGCACGAUCUUCGCGUGUUGUACGGCAACAUGGAGGUCAAAGUCAGCGAUCCGGUGGUCAGAUUCUGCGAAACGGUCGUGGAAACGAGUGCGCUGAAGUGUUUUGCCGAGUCUCCCAAUAAGCGCAACAAGCUCUUCAUGAUUGCAGAGCCGCUUGAGAAGAGAAUCGCCGAUGAUUUGGAGAAGGGGCUCAUCAGCGAUAAAUGGGAUCAAAGGACCCUCGGCGAGCACUUCUCUACGCAAUACGGAUGGGAUUUGCUGGCUGCGCGUUCAAUUUGGGCUUUCGGGCCUGCGGCAAGGGGCUCUUGCGUGUUGUUGGGCGAAGUUUUUAAUCCGGAGUUUCAGCGCCUUGUCACUCAGCAAAAAGGGGCCUUACUGCCGUUCAAGGAGAGCGUCAUUCAGGGCUUCCAAUGGGCAACAAGGGAAGGCCCACUCAUAGAGGAAAAUGUGAAGGGGGUUCGAUUUAAGCUCGUAGAUGCAGAAAUCGCCAAGGAUCCGGUUCAUAGAGGAGGCGGGCAGAUCAUCCCCAGCGCGAGGAGGGUGGCAUAUUCCGCCUUGCUGCUGGCGACACCUCGGCUGCUGGAGCCCAUCAUGUUUUCCGAGAUCCAAUGCCCUGCGGAUUGCGUAUCCGCGAUUUAUACCGUGUUGGCUAGACGGCGUGGCAAUGUUGCCAGAGACAUGCCCAAACCUGGCACUCCACUGUACAUUGUGCAUGCGUAUCUCCCUGCCAUUGAGUCUUUCGGCUUCGAGACAGAUCUGAGGACACAUACGAGUGGGCAAGCCAUGUGUCUGACAGUAUUCGACAAUUGGGCAAUCGUUCCCGGCGAUCCUCUUGACAAGCAGAUUGUAUUUAAGCCGCUUGAACCCGCGCCGGCUCCUCAUCUCGCCCGAGAAUUCCUCCUAAAGACCAGGAGGCGCAAGGGUUUGAGCGAAGACGUGUCAAUUCACAAGUUCUUCGACGACCCAAUGCUCCUGAGCAUCGCCAAUAACCUUCAACAGUUCUUGUAA